AUGAAACAACUUCUGCUCAAUUUGAGCUCACCGCCUCAACCCGUCAGCGACCCUGUACAGCUGCCGCUGCGAAAUGGGCUCAAGAAGCCUCCAGCAUUGUCGAUUCCACCAGGCCUGGCCUCUGCAUUGAUAACUCCCGUUGUCGCCCUGACACCUUUGAUACCGCCAGCUCCACCUCCGCAGAAAACAAAUGUCGCCUCACUACGCCUGCUGCCUGUGAUGCCCCUGUCCGAAUUUUCCCUUGGGGACUCUCCACCUCACUUUGCACCAAGCAGUCCUGAUAUUGCGUUGCUGAGCCCCUUUGGUCUCGAAGCAGGUCUUGUGGACAAUGUCAACGAUAAAGUCAUGCCCGCUACGAAAGAGCCCUUUCUUCCGCCCGAGGAGCUUCAGGAACAAUCCAAUCUUGAUGCAUAUCCCUAUGGACCUGCCAGAGUAUUAGAUACAACGUUAUUCUUGUACCUGGACCCAAAGAAUUCCAAACGCCCGGUGGACAUCAACGACUAUGACCUUGUGGUUAAUGUGGCCCGUGAUUGUGACGACUUGCUGGCUGAGUACGACGACAGAGACGGGCACCGCACCUAUCUUCAUGUGCCGUGGUCUCAUACGUCCCUGAUUCUGAAGGAGCUCCUUAACAUCACGUCCACGAUUGCCCGCUAUGAUAAGCCGGGGUCCCGAAUUCUUGUUCACUGCCAAUGUGGUGUGCUGCGCUCGGCUUGCGUUGUCGUGGCGUAUUUCAUGGUGAAGUUUGAUCUUCUGGUGAAUGAAGCAUACGAACUCUUGAAGUCAGGCACUGCCAACACCGCUGAGCCAUGCAAUUGGCGCAUCGCUCGUGAAGGUCACCACGUUGAUGCAUGUGAACGUAUUUGUCCCAAUAUGAGCUUGAUUUUUGAGUUGAUGGACUUCGAUGACCUCAGGAAGGCCAAAGAUACCACAGAAUAA